AUGACCGAAGCUGGCUACCCCGAAGGGUUUGAAGUCGCGUACACGGUUCGCCAGGUUGGCAACUAUCCCGAACAGUGCUCGGUUGUAAAGCAGCAACUGGAAACUUCCCUGGGCAUCACCGGCAACAUCGAAACCCUGCCCAGCGCCGCCGGUUACUCCAAGUACGGAACCUCGCGUCCCGCCGACAACGACGGCGAUUGGGAAAUCAGUUGCCAGGGCGAGGGGAUGGUCGUCUUCGACACCGACGCCGUCUAUGGUGGCGUGUACCUGAAGGGAGGCACCCGCAACUACACCGACUGGGAAAACCCGCUGGUCAACGACUGGUUCGAGCGCCAGAAGGUUGAACUCAACGCCGACGCCCGUCGUGAGAUCAACAAGGAAGCCGAGUUGUGGAUGCACGACUUCUCGGAUAACCACUGGGUAACCAUGCAACUCGGCCAACUGUACUGGCUGGUCCACGAGGACAUCAAGGGUUUCAACGCUCCCCUGACCGUGCAGUACGGAUUCAAGCACGAGGAUAUCUGGUUGGACCGCUAA